AUGUCUGUGGAUGAGAGUCGCAGCUCGACCCCAUUGGUUUCCACUAGCGCAUCAUCUUCACCAGCGGCGUCAUCCUCACUACCCGACAGUCAAGGAACAUGCUUUAAUGGAUAUCAAAGCGGUAUUGGCGAAAAUGCUAGGGUGGAAAGUCCAUCACAUGUUGUCAGUUUGCCGAACAACAUUUAUAUGCAUCGAAUACAAUCCGCAUCACCUGCAGACGAUCACCAGUUCAUUAGAAGACCUCUGAAUGCUUAUAUGAUAUUCACAAAACAAGAACGAAAGAAAUUGCUGGCUUUGAAUCCAAAUAUGAAAAUGCAUGAAGCAAGCAGAAUUAUGGGUGAGAAGUGGAAAAAUAUGAGUGAAAAGGAAAAACGACAGUAUUUUGAGGCAUCCAAACAGAAUCGGUUAGAUCACAAAAAAUCACUUUGCGUUAGUAGCUGGCAUAGUGCAUCUUCUCAUGUCUGUGUAUAUGUUCGUGUUUUGCUCACUUCAUUGCAAAAGGAUGCCGGCCAUAACCUCGCCUUGAUACAGUCUUCUCGUGGUAGUGUUUACUAG